AUGAUUCAACAUGGAGAUUUUCGAAAUUUAAACAGAAAUCAAUUCCAAGCUUCCACAGAAUUUCUAGACAAGUCUUUGAUGAUCUUAGCAGCUCCAGGAUCAGGAAAAACCUUAACUUUGACAUUAAGAGUUGCAUACCUACUGAAUUUAAACGUAAGCCCAACAAAUAUUCUAGUCCUGACUUUUACAAAGAAAGCAGCUAUGGAAAUGAAAAGGCGGCUAUCUUUAAACUUGCCAAGACAUGUAAGAGCUGAUGAUUUGACUGUAGGGACUUUCCACCAUUUUGCGUUGUAUAUAUUACGAGCUAAUGCUGGACGAGCCAAAAUUCCUUAUGAUUUCCAAAUAGUUUCAGGGAACAAGCAGAAAAAAGUUCUUGAAAGUGCACUUAACGAUUUUUUAAAGAGAUAUACAGAGGACGAUUUGUAUCAAGAAGAUGUCAAGCCAUUAAGCGAAGAACAAAUGGCUGUUAUGCAGGAAGAGAUUAAUGAUCAGCCGACUGAAAUCAGGAGAUCUAGCUUGAACCUUAGGCCGGGGUCUUUUUCUUAUAUUAAUGGAGUCCUGUGUCGAGCAAAAGUAGACAGGAAUGUUUUGAAAAAAUUAAAUAGACCGUUCCAGCAUUUGUUUUUUAUAUAUAGCCAAGCAACAUUUUUGGUCGGAUUUCACGAUCUUUCCCGAAGGGAAAGUGGGAGUAGGUAUGACCAACUAAUGUUGGCUUGAACAACUCCCUAAGUGACAGAACCACAUAAUGCAAGGUUCUACAUUUUGGGGAGUUAGGUCAAGUCAGCAUUAUUUGGCUAGACCAGCUCCCCUCUUUCCUAUCAGGAAAGAUCGAGAACCCCGAGCCAUAAAGGUGCUUGGGCUAUACAACUCGAAACUUAGAGAAAUGAAGUCAAUCGACCUAGGCGAUAUUCUGUAUUUAACUACAAAUAUGCUUACUCAAUUUAUUAAAUAAAUGGAAUAAUUAUAAAUCAUCAGAAAAAAAAUAAUUUUUUUUUCAAAAUAUAUAUCGGAGAAAUAGAAGCAAUCAGCAAGUUUUAGAAAAUUAUCAACGAAAAUAUAAAUAUAUUCUUGUUGAUGAAUUUCAGGACACCAAUUCAAUGCAAUUAGAACUAAUCGAGCUAAUUGGAAAAUUUGCAAAUGUAACUGUAUGUGGAGACGACGACCAAGCAAUUUAUGGUUGGAGAGGUGCAACGAGCCAAGUUUUUGAAGAGUUUAAAAACCUUUAUCCAGAAUCCGAGAAAAUAAUUUUGAAUGAAAAUUAUAGAUCAACACAGCAUAUAGUCAAUAUUUCACAAGGGCUAAUUUCAAAUAAUAAAAGGCGAGAAGUCAAGCAUGUCUUUACAAAUAAUACGCUAGGGAAUAAAUGCCAAAUUUUUAUCGCUCAAUCAAUAAGAGAAGAGGCUAAAGAAGUUGUCAACAUUUUGUUGAGAAUAAAAGAUGCAUAUGAGCUGGAAUAUAAAAAUAUUGCAGUUUUAUAUAGACUUCAUCGGAUUUUUAAUGAUUUGCAGCCAGAAUUCGAAAAAGCAGGAAUUCCUGUAAGACAAAGAAUCCCUAAAGAAAAAAAUAUAAUGAUUAACGCAGAAAUCAGAGGACUCGUCUCUUAUUUGAAAUUUAUUCUUGACACAAACUGCGAUGACAUAUUGCUAGACAUCAUAAAUUGGCCAAAAAGAGGUAUUGGGUCCAAUUCUAUCGACAAACUUAAAGAAAUGAGUUGUGUCAAAGAAAUCCCUAUGUUUGAAGCUUGCAAAAUAAUAUCUUUAACCGGAAAAGGGAAAUUAAAAACAGGUUUCAAUGAAUUUUGUAUCACAAUAGCACACUUCCAAGAAUUACUAGAAAGGUAUCCGCCAUCCGCACUUAUUGAGCUGAUGUGUGAAAGGCUAGGAAUUAAUAAACAAGUAAUUGAACCUCUGCAAAAACUUGCAAGAAGCCACACCGAAAGAGGGGCUCAAGGACUAAGUGUUUUCUUAGAGUCCAUUGGUGGAACAAAUGAAUUAAUUGCAAACGUUGUGACUCUCACAAGUAUACAUCAAGCAAAAGGCCAGGAAUGGGAUUUAGUGUUUUUAAUUAGACUUAAUGAGUCCAUUUUGCCUGCAAAUACACAUUCAGAGCAGCUUGAAGAAGAAAGGAGACUUGCUUAUGUAGCUUGUACGAGAAGUAAAAGAUUUCUAGUACUCUCUUGUGCGCAGCAAAGUAAUAAUGGCGAGCAGCUAAUUCCAAGUAGAUUUUUAGAUGAGUUAACAGUAGAAUCAUCAGCUCCCGUUAAGUCAAAAAAAUCAGCGUUGCCUUCACCUAAAGGGACGAGAGUAAAAAUUAACUAA